GCUGAUUGGCUGCUGGGAGGGGCGUGCGGCUGUGACGUCAGUAGCAGAGAGCAAAGAUGGCGGCGGUGACCAGAGGCUCCUCCGCUGUUCUCAGACGGCUGCUGACUCAGCAGUACCGUCGCCGAUGUUUCCGGCUGCAGAGCGUCAGAUGUGUCCGUACGGUGCAGCCGGCGGCGAUCAGAUGGGACAGAAACAUCCAGAUGUUGAGCAGCAGGACACUGCACAUCAGCAGCGUGAGCCGAGGACCGAUCGUCCAGUUCAAGCUGUCGGACAUCGGAGAGGGAAUCAUGGAGGUGACGGUGAAGGAGUGGUACGUGAAGGAGGGUGAUAAGGUGUCCCAGUUCGACAGCAUCUGUGAGGUGCAGAGCGACAAGGCGUCCGUCACCAUCACCAGCCGCUACGACGGCGUCAUCAAGAGGCUGUACUACGACGUAGACGCCACGGCGCUGGUCGGGAAACCACUGGUCGACAUAGAGACGGAGGCAGGCCCAGCGGUGAUCCCGGAGGAGGAUGUGGUGGAGACUCCUGCCAUGGCGAGAGAAGAACACACCCACCAGGAGAUCAAAGGGCUGAAGACGCAGGCCACGCCCGCCGUCAGACGCCUCGCCAUCGAGAACAACAUUAAACUCAGCGAGGUUGUGGGGACGGGGAGAGACGGACGCAUCCUGAAGGAAGACAUCCUGAACUUCCUGGCGAAGCAGACGGGCGCCAUCAUCCCUCCGACUCUGUUCCAGGAGAUCCAGACUCCGCCUCCGGCCCCGGCCGCCACGGCAACCGCCGCCCGGCCCGCUGCCACCGCCGCCGCCAAACCUCCGGCCGCCACGCCCAGACCCGUCUUCACCGGGAAGGAUGUCACCGAGCCGCUCAAAG